CGUUCCGCCGCCCUGCCGCUGCAUACGUUUCCGCUUUCCCUCAAAGAAAAAAAACAUACGUUUCCGCUGACCGCCGCCGGCGCCGCCGCCACGCCAUGUUCCACCACCUCCGAACGCGCGUCCUUCCUCUCCUCCUCCGCUACCCACCAUCCCAUCCCCCCGCCUCCCACCUCGUUCCCCUCCACCGCCUCCUCUCCACCACCGCAUCCAUCUCCCCCAAACCUUUCUCCGCCAAGGACUUCCUCGUCACCGACUGCGGCCUCACCCGAGCGCAGGCCCUCAAGGCCUCCAGAAGGCUCUCCAACCUCACUUCCCUCUCGAAGCCCCAGGCCACGGUGGCCUUUCUCUUGGGUCGCGGCGUCCCCCGCUCCGACAUCGCCGUCGCCGUGGUCGCCGAUCCGUCCCUCCUGUACGCCAGCGUGGGGAUGGUCCUCGCCCCCCGCUUCGCCGAGCUUAGCGAACUCGGCUUCUCGCCUUCGCAGAUCGUGGCCAUCCUCUCGAUCCGCCGCACGGGCGCUCUCCGCGGCAACCUCCUGUUCUGGUUCGGGAUCUUCGACUCCUACCCCAAGCUGCUCUUUCUGGCAAAGUCAAACCGCGAGCUCCUCAGCGCCAGCAUCGAGAAGGUGAUCAAGCCGAACCUGGCCACCCUCCAAGAAUGUGGGAUAAGUGCUCCUGAUAUUGCAGUUUUAAGCUUGUACUCCUGUCGGUUGUUCACCGUGAAACCCAAGUUUCUGGUGGACGCCGUGGCGCGGAUCGAGGAGUUAGGCGUGCAGCGAAGCUCGUGGAUGUUCCGCCGUGCACUCGCUGCACUCGCCUUCAAGAGCAAGGACGUUCUCGCCAGGAAAAUACAAUUUUUACAUACGCUUGGGUUUUCACAGGAUGAUUUGGUGAAUAUCGCCAAGAAGGCGGCACUUGUCCUGGCUUUAUCUGAUAAAAAGAUUCAGCGAUCUGUGGGGUUCUUAAUGAAGGAUGUCGGUCUGCAGGCUUCGUACAUUGCUCGAAGGCCAGCGCUGAUCAUGUAUAGCGUUGAGAGGUGGUUGUUGCCCCGGUACUCCCUGCUUAAGCUUCUCAGGCAGAAGGGAUUACUGGACGUGGAAUUGGACUAUUAUACCAUGGCAUCGCUGGCUGAGAAGAAGUUUGUGCAGAAUUUUGUGGAUCCUUAUAAGGAUAGUGUUCCAGGCCUAGUUGAUGAGUAUGCCUCUGCAUGUCGUGGGAAAGCACCAAAAGGAAGUGCUCGGCUACAACGCUGAAACUGUGGUGUGCGAGAAUACGUUCAUUUUGAGAUUAUCCGAGGAGUUUUGUCGCCACAAGACUGAGUUUUUGAUCGGUGAGAUCGGUUCAGAGUCAGAGUGGACUGUGAAUUGAUAAAAAGUCCGUACAGUUCAUGUACUGCAUGAAGAAGUGUCUGGUUCCCGGUAUCAUGAAAGGUCCUGCCAACAGAUGAAUUGUUGUACAACUUUAGUUUUUACUCAUUAAUUGCUCGUUCUGAGGAGACUAAGAAAUCAAAGUUCAUUGAUUUUCAGAAGGACAGUGUCUCUGAGCUCGCUGAUAUGUAUGACGCAGCUUGUGCUGGGGAGGUUGCCUCCCGAGUCCAACUUUGGCAUUUUAAGAUAUUGAAGACUUGUUGUAUCCUUCAGUGUAGUACAUGUUCAGAUGGUUGUUUCUAAGUAUGCUGGAGCAGCUUGAGCUUGAGCAAGAUGGUAAGAAAGAUGUUCUGUUUUUGGAAACUUUGAUGCAUUACUCAUUGAUUUUAGGUUGUUUGUACUCGUUAAGUAAAAUGCUUGCCCUGAAUAAAGUUGCAUAUCCAGGAGAAAUGAAUGUGACAUAGGUCCAUUUAGCUGUUGGCUGGUUGUAAUGCCUAACAGGAUUUGGUAAGGGAAAGUGAGGCAAUCAGUAGUAUGGUCUGCUUCAAUGCUGACAGUAUAUUUGUAUAUAUGCAUGUCAUGUUCAAAAGACCGAGACCAUGGGUGUGUGGUAUAGAAAUUAAUAUAGAUAUUCAAUAUGGAUGUUCCUUUUAUCUUUGUUUGCGAAAUGUCCCUUAUGUGUGUAGACUGUGCACUAUUAAGAUCGGCCAUCGGGUGGUAGGCUGGGUACAGCAUUACUCAGUAGAUGCCAUGAUGGAUCAUUCAUUCAUGUGACAUCCGUUCGAUUAGCAUGUUGUAGGCCCAGAUAAGAACAGCUACCAGUUGGAAUUGCGUAUCAAACAUUUUCUAUCAUUUUUAGGACUAGAAAUUAAACUAAAAAACUUCUUUGGUUUUGUCGAUGGAAUCAACUAAUUCACCUCAUUUUAGAAAAUAUGUGGAAUGACAUUAACACGCACUCUUCUAGUAUGGAGUUGUGGGGGCAGACAUCUAAUCAUUGUGGCGCUGCUAGGUGCCUCUGCAGCCUAGUUCAGAGGUAACACCAAUACAAGAUGGAGCUGCUGAAGACGGAACGUGUCAUGUUUAGGUAUAAUUGCUAUUGAGACGGAAGCUACAUGUUAGUCCGUGUUGAAUAGACCAUAUGCCAGUUCUUGUUAGAAAUGGAGUCAAGAGUCAGUUUUGUAAAAGAUUCUCUAUACAAUGAGAGAGCGACCAUGAGACUGGAGCAAGCAAAGAAUUAGAAGAUGCUCCUUCUUUCCCUGCCCUCAGCCCCUGCCCCUCACACACAACAUCUGCACCUAGGGCAUCUGCCCUGCCACUGCUCUCAAGUACUCCCGUGUUGAUCCUAAUCUAUCCUCCCUUGCAGAUUACGCCCCCAAAGAUCAAAGUUGUGACAGGACCGCUAGCAAUAUGGAGUCCAAGGCAUCAUUUUGAUGCAACGUUGAUCGUACCAUGAUUGCGAAUGGACUAAAUUACUCGUACAUGUGCGCGGGCUACCCAGCUGCGUAAAAUGAUUCCGAUUGAGAGCAAAGUUGCAGUAAAACGUUUCCUGGUGCCUCUCAAGCAUACACAACUCAUUUACAGAAAACGUCGAUCCCCACUCUUUGAAUAUAUGAACGAGCUCCGUGCAUCAGCAAUUGAGUAAUUGGAGCUAAGAGGCUUGAAACGUACGCAUGUUUGUUUGUUGGGCGUUGUUGCUGUGAAGGUGCCUCAUUGCGUUGCGUUUAUUUACUUAUAUGAACGGACCCUUCUUUUCAGUUUUAGCUCAUGUGAUACUCUCUUCUAGUGAGUUAUGAUACGCUAUCUUGCUCUUUAUUGCAGAGAUAUGAGGUCGGGGAUACUUCAGUCCUAAUUUGCCAAAACAUGAAAAUUAUGGUAUGUACCAUCUCAGUGAAUAUUAAGAAAAAACUUUUGAAGUUAACUACCACAUUUUCAUUUUAUACAUCAUAUAUUUGUGUAUGUUUAUAUAAAUUUGUGAGGCUUGUGGUAAAAAUAGUCCUCGUUGUAUGAUCAGCGGCUGGCUAAUCCAUGUCUAGUUUGAAAUUGAAAGUUUAUAUGCUUUGUUUUUCAGCAACCUCUUCUUUUCCUAUUGGAGUUAGCUCUGGUUUCCGCUCUAUGUAUUACUCAGGUUGUUUGUUUUGCACAUGUAGCAUACCGUGGGCGAAGUCUCGCUAGCUCAAUGAGUUUGUUCCAUGUCUCAGUUUUGUAUGAAGUUUUAGGAUCCCUGAUGAUAGCAGCUUUUAGGGGAAUCUCGGACAUGGAAGCACAAGAAUACAUCUAAGGUUAUAUUGAGCAUUUGUAUAUGCCACUCCAUAGAGUGCUCUCCUGGGAUUUACUUUUGUGUCCAUUCGACUUAAGAUUAUCUUAACAUGGACUAGUUGUUGAAGAUUCCCUUGCAAUUGAUGAUGAAGGAGAGACAUGCUAACAAUGCUACUCA